AUGAAUCCUGAGUAUGACUACCUGUUCAAGCUGCUGCUGAUUGGGGACUCUGGUGUAGGAAAGUCAUGUUUACUUCUUCGGUUCGCUGACGACACCUACACAGAGAGCUACAUCAGCACUAUUGGAGUAGAUUUUAAAAUCAGAACUAUCGAAAUGGAGGGCAAGACUGUUAAACUGCAGAUUUGGGAUACAGCAGGACAAGAGCGGUUUCGAACAAUAACAUCUAGCUAUUAUCGAGGGGCACAUGGGAUUAUAAUUGUCUAUGAUGUCACAGAGCAGGAGUCUUUCAACAAUGUGAAGCAAUGGUUAGAAGAAAUUGAUCGCUACGCCUGUGAAAACGUCUCCAAGUUGCUAGUGGGUAAUAAGAGUGACCUUGCCUCAAAAAAGGUCGUAGAUUUUACCACAGCAAAGGAAUUUGCUGAGUCACUCAAAAUCCCAUUCCUUGAGACAAGUGCCAAGAACGCAAACAACGUAGAGAAGGCAUUUUUAACAAUGGCCUCUGAAAUCCAGAAGAGGAUUGGGACGGACAGCGUUCAGAAUGAAGCUGUUAAAAUGGGAUCCAAAAUAAACAGUGCCCCCUUGUGGCCUGGUGGAGAGAAGUCAGUGGCUGAGGAGGUCAGCUCUUGUUGUUAA